UAACUCGGACCUCAGAUUUUGAAUGUAAUUUCUUUAAAUAUUGAUGACAAUCGACAGAAUUGUUUGUCUGUCUACGUUGCCGAAUAUGGUGAAUAUGGGCGUGUCACCGCUUGACUUUCCUUUCUCUUAUUGGCUUUUCAAGAAUCACAAGAUCCUAUUGGCCAGUAAUUGAUGAUGAGUAGUUCCGGUUGCACGAAAACUGAACCCAUAUUGGCUCAAAACAUCCCAAAUGCAGAAGGGCGCUUCGUGCCAUUUUAGAUCCAAUAUGGCGAUAACAGUAUGCCAGUUUUCUGCAAAGUUUUGUAUGGUUUGUAAAACAGAAGUAGGAGGGUAGUUGCAAAACUGAGCAAUGUCACGUGAUUCACACAAAACCGAGCUGCCCAAUUCCAAUAUGGUGGUCAGCUCUGCAGGCUUACGUUUCUUGUUGAUGAUAUUGUUUCUCUGCGGGUUCGGCGCGUCCAGCCAACAAGCCCCGCAGGUUUUGGGGCUCCGACUGGAAAACCCCCAAGAUCAGGUGUUUAUGCGCGAGAGGAUUAUCUCGGCGCCGUACGGGUCUAGUUUCAAGCUCAGAUUGUUCGGCACCUACCUUAAUGGGACUUGGCCGUGGGUCGCUUUCGCACGAGCUGCGCGAGGGGAAGCAGGUGCUAUCGGAGACGCAGCGGAUCCUUGUGAGCAAGAGAAGCGACGGAACUCGUCCGCGUUCAAGAUUUCUGGGAAGUUUGGGCCGGACGAGCCGUAUAGUGGACUAAUAACGGUCCAGGCGGAAAAGAGCAUCCCGGCCGCAUCCAAGGAAGAGGAUGCCAUUCUGAUUUACCAUCACUUGUGCAUUUGGCAAGGCCACAAAUGGGCUUCAGCUGGUCCCGAUAGGUUGCGUAUCCUGACCGAACCCCUGCUGCCUCAUGAGUACAUUCCAGCUUGGGGAGUGGCGAUAACAAUAAUUAUUCUUCUAGUUGCUUGUGCGAUACUUAGAGGUCUUAACAUCAGCUUGCUGUGGCUUGACCCAACUGAGCUGUACGUGCUACACAGUUGUGGUUCCGAAAAUGAGAAACGAACAGCGAAACGCCUGGAGCCCGUACGCAGGAGAGGGAACUUCCUGCUGUGCUCGCUGUUGUUUAUUUCAUCUCUGGGCCACUCCGUUCUCGGUGUGCUGUUCUACCGGGCCCUGGGUUCCAUCGCGCCCGCGGUGUUCACCAGCGCUAUUCUCAUCUUCCUGCUAGCAGAACUGCUGCCGCACGUGAUAUGCUCCACGUACGGGUUCCAGCUUGCACCGGGCUUGACGUGGCUCGCACAGGUUUGCAUGAUCGUGACAUGCCCACUGUCGUGUCCGCUCGGGCUGCUGCUGGACCUGGCCCUCAGACGCGACGUCAGCGUGUACGGCCUGCGGGAGAAGAUCAUGGAGAUGAUUAGGACCAACGUGAACGACCCGUACAAUGAGUUCGUCAAAGAGGAGUUUAGCCGUGGAGCGCUCCGAACCAAAACCGUGGAAGACAUCCUCACCCCAGUAAAAGACUGCUUUAUGCUUCCUUCCACCUCCGUGUUGGACUUCGGUACCAUGUCGGAGAUCAUGCAGAGCGGCUACACGCGGGUCCCUGUGUACGAGGAAGAGCGCUCCAACAUAAUUGAGAUCCUCUAUGUCAAGGACUUGGCCCUGGUUGACCCCGACGACUGCACCCCGAUGACCACCAUCACCAAGUUCUACAAUCACCCGCUGCACUUUGUCUUCAAUGACACGAAGUUGGACGCCAUGCUGGAGGAGUUUAAGAAAGGUAACUCUCACAUGGCCAUCGUGCAGAAGGUGAACAACGAGGGCGAGGGGGACCCCUUCUAUGAAGUGCUGGGGGUGGUCACCCUGGAGGACGUUAUUGAGGAGAUUAUCAAGUCUGAGAUCCUGGACGAGUCUGAUGGCUACAUGGAGCUGAAGGUCAAGCGUCCUCUGCCUCCUUUGGAGAUCCCACUGGAGCCACGCAGCAUGAGCGAGGAGUUCUCCCUCUUUAAGACGCCGGAGGGAGAGCCCAAGAUCCGCACUUCCCCACAGCUGCUGCUCGCAACCCACCGCUUCCUCUCAAGAGAGGUGGAGCACUUCAGCCCGCUGCGCAUGUCUGAGAAGGUGCUGUUGCACCUGCUGCGCCACCCCAGCGUCAACCAAGAGGUCAAGUUUGACCCCUCCAACCGCCUGAGCCCCGACCACUACCUCUACACCCGAAACCAUCCGGUGGACUACUUCAUCCUGUUGCUGCAGGGAAGGGUCGAGGUGGAAAUUGGCAAAGAGGGCCUGAAGUUUGAGAAUGGAGCCUUCACCUACUAUGGUGUGUCUGCACUAACAGCACCCUCUUCAGUGCACCAGUCUCCCGUCUCCACCCACCGUAGCUCGCCACGGGACCCCUUUGAGGUGGGCGACGCCACCAGCCCCUCCAGCUACUGCCCAGACUACACGGUUCGCGCCCUCACCGACCUGCAGUUCAUCCGGGUGACGCGUCUGCAGUAUCUGAAUGCCCUCAGAGCAUCCCGUUUCGCCCAAAGCCCCGAACCCCCUGAGAUUAAGAUCCUGCCCAACAGCCAGACCAAGCUUCUGAAUGAGAGGAACACUAGCCAAGGUACGUGGAAGGACUUUCCUGUUCACUUUUCAUUCUUUGACACUAUCGAGAACUUCGGUUAGCACUGUCUGCAUGAGCUCCCUCAGGAGAUAGAGAGUAAGGAACGAGCCGGACCCAGGAGGGGGCUUCUGGAGACGAGACUCGAAGCUGAAACUCCCUUCAACCCCAGUUAGCCAAAACUUUUAAACGAUUUUAAACGAAUCAAUUUAAUUUUUACAUUUUCUUAAAGAAAACAACUAGGAGACUAGAAAAAAGAGAAAUCAGUUGUUUAUCUCUGUAAAUGUAGCAUUUGAGCCAGGUAAGAGGGGUUAUUUUAUUUUUAUUUAUUUUUUAUUUUUGGAGCAGGCAGUGGAAUAGACUCCUGCCUUCAAGAGCAGUACAGUUUGAGGGCCUAUGUUUUUUCCUUGAUGGAUUGCGAAGGACCAAUCACCUGUUCCCCACCCAACCACCCUACCUACCCACACAUGCCACCACCGCCAUCUUUCAAAGGAUUCGUCUAUGGAGGAUCGAACUUAGACACUCCCGCCCUUACCAGCACACACACACACACACACACACACACACACACACACACACACACACACACACACACACACACACACACACACACACACACACACACACAGAGACCAGACCAGAAUCUGAAGGCACCAGGAACUGCUCUGACACGCUCAAAGUCGUUAUGCUGCAAGCACACUCCACACACUGACAGGACAAAACAAAUCCGCUCUUUGCAGAAACAUGCUCUUCCAAACUAAUCUCUACUGUCUUCACUCUGUUAGCUUCUGAUGUGUGUAUGUGUGCCAAAGUUAACCCUGUCAUACAGUUCUGUUGUGUUUGAAUUCCAUGUUAAGUGUUUGUUCUGUAGUCGAAUUUGCUCCUGUUUAUCUCUUCUGAAGCAGCCCUGCAUUGCAUCCUCAGUUUGUAUUGUAAACUUUCCAUGUGCACUUUUGAAGGCUCUGUACUGAAGACCUGCUUCCUCGCGUGUGUGUGUGUGUGUAUGCGUGCGUGCGUUCAAGCAAUGAGACGACUGAGGCAGAUCCAUUCAUUUUCUGUGCACAACUGCAUGUGCACAACUUUAUUUUUCAUAAAUAAAAAAACGACUGGUACGUCCUUGAACAUCUCCAGCUACUGAAGGUAGCCAUGCUGGCGCUGGUCAGGCACACUGAUCACAUCAUGUUAAUAAGAUUUUUGUUGUUUUUCUUUUUAUUUGCUCUUGAUUUUGUUUUGUAAACUUUUCAGUGCAAUGAUGUUUGGUGCCUAGAUGAAAAUGAAAAUGAACACUAGCUGUAAAGAAAGGAAAACAACAUGCCAAAGUAGUAUUUGUUUCUACGAGCUUCAGAGAUGCAUGCGUCCUGUAAGCAGGAAGCCUUUGUGAAAAUCCACGGCAUUUUUUUGGUUUUGUUUUGGUUACUGACAUCUAGGUGCCUCUAGUCUCUAAGCAAGGUUGUUUGCCAAUAUUUCUCCCUCUGUGCCAGUGUUAUGUUAUGAAUCUACAAUCCAUUCCAAGGUUUGGGACAUCAGAGUGAGUCAGGUUGUCAUCAUCUCUGUAUGUGGGUGUUUUUGUUUUUAUUGCUGUUUUUUUUUUUUUUCCUUUGUAACAUAAUGAUCUCAGACAGCACUGUGCCAUACAUUUGGGCUGCCAAUCAUCAUCGGCUGUGUUUUGCCUUUAAGUUAAACAUUCCAACCCCAUUUGUGUGUGUGUGAGAGAGAGAGAGAUGCAGAAAAGUGGGAGACACAUUCAUCAGUGUUUAGUCUUAAAGGACAUGUUUCAGGAAAAGUGCAUUGUAGCAUCAAACCUUCUCUAUUCACUAAAGACCUCUCCCACAGCGCUUGAGGCCUGUAGACAUUUAACCAUGUUUCAAAAAGUUCAUGUACAUGGUGCCAGCUGUCUUCUCGUCAGGAAAAGAAUGUACUCUUUUUCUUUUUUCCUUUUGUUCUUUUUUUUUUUUUUUAGUAGUCAUUUUCUCUUAUCUUUGAGUAACGUCAAGAACUGUUUUCUUGAGAAUGACCAUGUGAUUCCAAGUAAAUAUUUUUCAGCUGUUAUAUAUAUAUAUUGUACUGUAUGUGCAGUUGUAUAGGCCAAUUUAUAUUGUAUGAAUGAAUGUAUAUUGUAAAAUAACCCAUUACUUGUGCUACCUUACAGGAGAAUGCUGGGAAUUUUGGUAGGGUAAGGAUCGCUGUAUAUAAAAAUCUGAAUCUAUAUAUAACAGAGACUAUAAAUAAAAAUUAGCUGUUAGGUAAAGUUUUUCAGGUACAAGAAUAAAGUGCAGUUACCAGGGAACAUGUUUAGGUUAAUGUAUAGGUAUCAUUCUGACAAGCUUCUCUUUUUCCUUGUUCUAGAGUCUUCUAAUUGAUUUGUGUUCCUGUAAUGCAUACAAUGAGUGCAUCAAUCCUUUGCAUCGAAUGCUUUCAAUCUCAACUGUUUGAUAAGAAAUAAACAUAACCCUGUACAAAAAA